AUGGCAAAUGGGUGCCUAAUUUCUGCACAGCCUGCUACUUUCUAUGACCAUAAUGGAGGCUUUGAAAAGGCUAAUGAUCGAGCCACAGAAGAUCCAGAUUAUUAUGCUGCCCUUUUCACACACCACCACUUCAAAGCUGAUUUCAGUGAGCGAUACCAAAACCAAACCCCGCCAUGCCAUAGUGAACUGAAUGAACCACUUGACAAAUCCCGAGAGCAGAAAUUUGGGACAAAGUGUGAAUUUGCCCAUCAAAUUAAGUGUACACUUUUGACCAAUUUACUAUGUUAUCGGGAUAUCGGGCUAUCGUGA